AAGAUGAGCCAGUAUUCGCCAUGUUCCAGUAUUGGCCACACCCAACGAAAAAAUGUCUGUAUUAAAUGUUACUGAUUGUGUUUAUGGAUUUUGGGAUAGCUAUUCGUAAAUAACACUAUUUUUCUUCAAUUUGAAAAAAAACAAUAUCAUACCAGCUUGAUAAACUUAAUUUGAUUUUAUUAAAUUUCUUUUGAUGCUGCAUGAACGUCACUGCUUUUAUUUUUUCUCUUACUGAUAACCUAAUGUUGCUUAAGGGAAAAAAAACUAAAAUGACACAAACAAUAAUUAUAAUGUGUAUGCCAUUCAAUCACCAAUAAGUGUAAAAAGUAACUUAUUCAAGAAUUUGAUCAAUUAAAAACACCAAACAUUAUUAUUUUUUACAAUUUGAACAUAAUUUGAAAAAGUACACUGUGCGCCAGUAUUCGCCACCCCGCCACCCACUGCAGAAUUUGACAGUUCCUAAUUUUCGCCACCGGUUUGUUUUUACUGUUGUUGAUUUUUUUCUGUUUCAAAAAUUCGUGAAUUAUGUUGGAUAUCAUCAGAUUAUUUGUUCUAAGAAGUGAAAUGUGUACGUAAGUUAAUAUAUUUAAUGUGCAUUGGAUGAUUGUUUACUAUGUAUUGUAGAAAUAUCCCGAAAAAUGCCGUCGCCGAAAUCCCGUCAACAUGUUUAUAGUGAAGAUGCAAUCCACAAGUGUCUUGACGAGAUUGCUAAAGGCUCCACGGCCAAAGCUGCGAGCGUCAAAUACGGAAUUCCUCGUUCGACAUUACGAUAUCGGAGGAGCGAUAAAUGGCAACAUACAACCCGAAGAGGUCCAUCCAGUGUGCUUUCCGGACAAGAAGAAAACAAAAUUGUCAAAUGGAUCGUCGAAAUGCAACAACGGGGAUUUCCAGUCCAGCGUCGUACUUUGCUGUUCAAAGUCAAAGAGUAUCUGACUGCAAGUCCUCGAAAAACUCCGUUCAAAAAUGAUUGUCCCGGUAAGAAUGAUCAGAAAUUGUUGCUUUAUUUGUUUACCUAUCGAAACUUCGUUUUAGGUCAAAAGUGGUUCACCUCUUUCAUGCGUCGGAAUUCUACAUUGUCUAUUAGAACCCCUGAGGAAGUAUCAUCAGCUAGUGCUCGGGUAACUGAAAACGACAUCCGAAAUUGGUUUGCAGAAGUUGAAAAGUGGCUGGAUCACCAUGAAAUGCGGGAUAUUUGUUCCGACUCAUCCCGUAUAUUCAAUGGAGAUGAAACCUCUUUCUACUUGCAUCCAAAAACUAAGCAAGUAAUCGCACAAAAAGGAAGCCUGAAUGUAUAUGAGGUGGAACAAGCUUGUAGCAAACAGAACGUUACUGUGAUGUUUUCGUUUGGCGCCAAUGGAACAGUUGUGCAUCCAAUGAUCAUUCUUCCUGGACAAAGAAUUAGAAAAGAGGUUGCACAAGGGUUUCCUCAAGAAUGGCAGCUUGGGCAGAGCGAGCGAGGGUGGAUGACGACUCACAAUUUCGGUCAGUAUAUAAAGAAAGUCUUUCAUCCUUUUCUGCUUCGAGAAGGCGUCAAACUUCCUGUGAUACUCUUCGUUGACGGUCACUCUUCACACGUUGGUGUAGAAGUAGCGGACUUGUGUCAACAGCUAGGAGUAAUUUUGAUAGCGCUCUACCCCAACACAACCCGUAUUACGCAGCCCGCGGACGUGUCAAUCUUCAAACCACUUAAAGAUCAAUGGAAAAAUGAAGUAGACGAUUGGCGUUCGGAGCAUCCGGGGGAAAAUUUCACUUUGAGAUACUUUGGAAGAAUACUGGAGAAAGCAGUAGCGAAGGGAAUCAAAAAAGACAGCAUUGUCAACGGUUUUCGUGUAUGCGGACUUUUUCCGUUCAAUGCAGACAACGUAGAUUAUUCGAAAUGCAUAGCAAAGUCUACUGACUGUACGCCUUCAUCCGCUUGUCCAGACAUUUCAUGCGAGUCAAAUUACCCAGCAGCAACUGUUGUUACAAGUGAACCUUUGAUACUCGUACAGCCAGAGCCAAGUUGCAGCAAAGAUCCGACUAUUGUAGUCCCUAGACAAAUUUGCUCGCAAUUAACCAUCAGUAGUAAUGAUCCUCCUUCAUCAAAUACAGAAAUUCCUUUCAAAGUAUUUUCUGACUUUGUUCCGAUUCAUAGGGACAAAAUAAAGGAAGCUAUCGAAGUAAUGGGAGCUGAUACUGUGGCAAAAAUCCAACAACAAUCAACUCACGAUUUCUCACACGAAGAACGGAUUAUCCAGUACUUUUACAACGAAUUCAUUCGACCCUUUACGUUGUUUGAAGAUCGUCCACUUGUUGCGGAGUUGCCAAUGAAUGAACAAAAUUCAAUUGUUGGCAUUGAUGAGACAGGCGCAGUUAUUGGUGGACUAUUGAUCGAUUCUGAAGGAAACGUUACCAUCUCGGCCAGCGAAGGUACUACACAAGAGGAUAUAAUUCACACCCUGAACGAAUCCGCUAACAUCGAUAGUUCAUUCACCCCAAUCGCAGAGUCAGUUGUGAAGUCUGAUGCAAUACCCAUCAGCUCAUCUGCAGUGAAACCUGCCGGUAUUAAUUCCACUGUUGACCAAUCUGCGCCGAGUGCACUAGCUGAUACGACAAAUUCCAAAUUGACAACUAGAAAAGCCAGCAUCUCAGAGUUUCUUGUUCUUCCUCCUGCACCACGACGCAGCGGUAAGCAUCGAAACUAUACAAAAAAAAUACUUUCCUGUUCUAACUGCAGGAGAACGUAUUGCAGAAAUAAGAAAAAAUGAGAUGGAAAAACAGGAGAAUGAACUAAGAAAGAAGAUCAGAGCAGUUGAGCGAGCGGAAGCCAAACAGAGAGCUGAAGAAGCCAAGAAGGAACGAGCAGAGAAACGGAAUCAGAAAAAGUUGGAAAAAGAAACUAUGAAGAAGCAGAAAGAAAACCGUGUUUUGAAGAGAAAACAAAACACAAAUGAUGAAAAGCGAGGAAAAAUUCAGCAUAAGACAAUUAAAACUGAAGAUCUGAAGUUUACUCAAAUUCGAUGAAGAAAUAGAAGUAAAGAGAAAUAAAUCUUAAGAAAGAGAGAAAACAUAACAUUAUAGAAGGUCAGUCUACAGACAAAAGCAAAUGUUUAGGUCACAGAGAAAUUAACAUCUGAAACAUUGCAUAAAUAAUAAAAUGUUGUUUAUAAAAAAGAAA